UAUUAAUCUACAAACUAUUUUAUUUUCCGUUAAAGGGAUGGGCUACGGUGCGUUACAUCUUAGUUCCGAAUUCGAGUUAUAUCACCGCUGAAGGAAUAAAACACCGUCGUUCAACGAAGACAAGACAGUCGGAUUUUGGACGAAUAAAAGAAAAAGAUUGUUUUUUUUUUUAAAAAAAAGAUCAUAAAAUUUCACGGUUAUAAUUUGAAUAGAAUGGCAAAAUCUUCAUCGCACUUCCACAAGUGAUGUCAUUACAUAGUCUGUGUGUGCGUGUUUUUUUUUUCUUUUUAAAGGUACCGUAGUUUCGGUUUCCCACUUGCAUAAGAAAAAUAUGUUGCGAUGGGGAUCACUAAACUAUCAGAGUUGAUCCGAUUUGAAGCUCCCGGCGCGAUUUCUCACAAAGAUGUCAGUGACUACACAGAAUAGUUUCAUUAUUGCUUUUGAGCCUCCGUUCUCUCCAAAGGCAAGGUCAUUGCCUUGGAUACAUCAAUCGUGAUGAACCAGUUCCGGGCUGUAACACCGUCACUGAACCCAUUGACUGGCCUCUUCUUUCGCACUCUGACUCUCCUGGAGCAUGACAUAAAACCCGUGUUUGUGUUUGAUGGAAGACCUCCCGGAGAAAAGUUUGCUGCUCUUCAGAAACGAGCCGAGGCAGCAGGUUGGCGCUCCUUCAUCCAUUUGGGCACAGGAUCACUCCAAACAAAAAAAAGUGUCCAUCUCCUGAAGCUUCUGGGUGUUCCUGUGGUCCAAGCUCCAGGAGACGCUGAGGCCCUUUGCGCUUGGCUGGUGAGGGAAAAGACUGUAGAAGCUGUGGCAUCAGAGGACAUGGACACGUUGCCAUUUGGGGCUCAUGUUUUGAUUCGUCACCUGAAUGCCAAGAAAGACAGUGACAUUGUGGAAUAUUCCUUACCUGUGUUGUUGGAAAAGUUACAACUAACUCACAAAGAGUUUGUUGACCUGUGUAUCUUGCUGGGAUGCGACUACUGCGAUAAGAUAGCAGGACUCGGUCCAAAGAGGGCCCUGACACUCAUCCAGAAGUACCGCACCAUCGAAAAUGUUAUUUUGCACAUCAACAAAAUGACCUAUCCGGUGCCAAAUAACUGGAAAUACAAAGAGGCUCGGAAGUUAUUUUUGGAUGCACCGCACGCCGAAACACCCGAGUUGGUGUGGACUGAGCCAGAUGAAGAAGCUUUGGUUGAGUUCUUCUGCCGCUGCACAUAUGUCAAGUACAUAUUCAUUUGUAGUAUUUUGGAUGUGAGUCCCUCCCUUUUUCACAGCUACCCACUCGAUGACUGUAUUGGGGUCUUUAGGGAGGAAAGAAUCCGUCAUCGCAUGGCGAGAUUCCGACACAUUCGGGAGAGUAAGCGACAACAAAGGGAAAAGGAGAUGGCAAAAGGACACUGCACUCAAACUCGAAUGGAUGACUUUUUCAGAGUGCUUAGAAAGAGGGAGCAGACUGUUGAACCCGGGGACUGUGGAGACAGCAACAGAAAGAAACACAAAUCAAAAUGACACCAUCAAACAUGAAUGGACUUUAAUUGUACACCUUUAUGCCUUUACAGAACUGUCACAAUCAUGUGUAACCAAUUAAUUUUUUUAAUGCAAACAAAAAAACAAUGUGCAACCUUUGUUUUCCUAACGUAACAAAAUGUUUAUUUUUAAUGUAUUGUAAGGCAACUAUUUCACUGAUUGAAUUACUUUUGUUAUCAUGCUCUUUGAAACACUUUCUAAAAGUUGUUGAUUAUUUAAGUAAAAAAAUGAUAAUCUUGAAAAAAAUUAUAAAUUUAGGUUUCUUGUUCUG